CCUGUGAGCUGUUUGUCAACCGACAAUAAAUGGAAGAAGAAGAAGAAGAAGAAGGAUGCGAAGAAGAAACAAAGACGACGUCUUACAAGUUUUGAAAGUCAGCGGUUUUUCUAGUUCAGCAUGAAUUUUCUUGAAGCAAAGUCGGAUCUGAAGCACCUGCUCAGCAAAGUGAGUCCAAUCGAGCUCCCGAAGCUGCUGGACUGGAUCCGGAACUCCGACGAGCUGGACGAGCUGCUGCUGGACAACAGGAAGGUGAUGCUGCAGAGCAUCGCCGAUGAACUGAGGACCCGUCUGCCUCUGGACGCCACGUUGCCCUCUGAGACCAGGGCUCAGCGUAAGAUGCAGUUGCAGCCACGGCCAACUGUUCAUGUGGACGCUUUCCUGUACGACGAGGAGCAGGUGGACGCUCUGUGCGAGGAGGGAACCAUGAGCCGGACCUACUGCCUCAGCUGUGGAUCCUCCAGGACGGCGCCUCUGGAUUUUAUCUCACACUCAUUCUCGGUACCAGAGCUUCAGUUUCUGUUCCAGAACGUUCUACCAGACCUAAGUGGUCGGGUACUGGUGGAUGUUGGGUCCAGACUGGGAGCGGUGCUGUAUGGGGGUUACGUGUUCAGCUCUGCCUCUCAGCUCAUCGGUCUGGAGCUCAGUGAAGAGUUUGUCCAGCUGCAGAACGACAUCUUGCUCAGGUUCAGACUCAACGACAGAGUUCAGGUUCUCCAUUGUGACGUCUGCACGCAGGACGUCCUGCUACAGAAUGCCGACAUUUUGAUCAUGAACAACGUGUUCGAGUUCUUCAUGGAACCUAGUGAGCAAGUGAGGGCUUGGAGGUUCAUCAUGCAGAACUUCAGGAAGACUGGGUCUUUAUUGGUGACUGUCCCCAGUCUGCAGGAAAGUCUGGAUGCUUUGCAGCAGGAGGUGCAGCAACCCAGCUGGUUGGAGGAAGUUCCUGUGGACUCCAAUGUCUACCUGGGCAAGGACACAGACCCUGAUGCCCUUAGACAGAUCCACCUGUACCAGGUCAAGUGAACUGAUCUGGACCCGUCUCUGCUAACAUGGAAUGGCGUACAUUGUUUUGAUACUUGAACCAGUUGGGCUGAAGUGAUCUGGUUUGAUUCCUAGCCUGGAUUGUGAACUUGUUUGGGUCGACACUGUAGGUUCCUGCUUAUGGCUCUGAUAUUACCAGGACUGGAACAUCACACACCAGUCUAGUUCUUGAUGAAUUGAAUUUGGAUAAUCUGAACUGGUUUGGAGCAGAGUUCAGUAACUUUUACUCAUCUGUUCAUAAUUGAAACUGUUGCUUUUCUUCAAGGUUGUCUGAUUUUUGACUAUUAAAAAAACGAAUUCUCUUUUAUUUUAUUUGUCUUUGUUAUUUUAUUUACUGUUCAGCAAUAAACCUUGACGCUUGAACACUCA